CAUCCUCAUGUGCAGGUCUGGCAUACGGCGAUGGCGGUGCCAGAGGAAGUUUCCCUGUCUCUGACUGUGGACUAGAAUCAAGAUGAUGUUGAUUAGCAAGGCCAGGACAUUGUCCACGAUCAGUACCCACUUUCUGCUUCUCCCCCACUUGUUCGCGCCUGGCAAGAAAACCCUGUCAUAAAUGUCAUCCUUCAAGUUCGUUGCGAAAAUAGUCGGCACGGAAUACAGCAAGUAAGUUCAUCCGAGGAAGACUGUCGGAUGGUGCAAUGCGGACACAGUCUUGUGAGGCCUUUCGAUGUCUGGAUGUACCUAUGGACCAGAUCUCAGGAUCUAACUGUUUUAAGCAACCCGCGUGCAUACCAAAUACUGAUCCGCUUGUUUUGCGCUAUGACGUGUAUCGACGCAUCCAAGUCAAAUUUUCAAGGCCGUGUUUCUCAAUUCCAGGGGAGGAGGGGAGCAAGGAAAUGAACAGUUGGGGGAAAAGUGGGCUAGAGCGGUCAAUGCAUAUCCUGGCUUCUGCGAGCUCCUCAGCCAGGGUGCGGGGCUGUCAUCAAUAGGCGCUAUCUAGUAGAUGCCAAGUUGCCGAAAGGAGCUGAAGAGGCGUGUUCGUGUCGUUGGUGCUGCGAGAUUUUGAUGUGGAAUUUCUGGUUCGGAACAUAGCAGAGGACACGGUGCGGGAUGUGUUUACCAACGCGAUACGAGUAGCUGUUCAUGCUGGUAUAAAUGCUGUGAGGGUUUGUAAGUGUGCCUGACGAAUCUUAACCAAGUAGGGUGCACUUUGCAACAAGAGCGGUACGCGUGAGAUUCUGGCUUCCUCGUUCGGUUAUAGCUCCCCAUUUCGCCUCAUAAUAGCGUGAUCCUUUUACUGCAGGAACUGUUUAGGAACUACAAGCAGUGGCUCGGAGGUUUGUGGAUCGGUUUCGAAGGUGGUCUACUAUUGGCGAAUCAGGGUGCUGUUGAAGUCUGUACAAGAAUUUUGUGAAGAAGGAAAGAAUUGAGCACAAUGUUGCAAAUGGAGUUUCAUUCGACUGUACUGGAUGCAACGGAGGAAGACAAUGAGCUUUCCAGAGCGGACAGAAAUGAGCAUGAGCAGACUGUCUGUGAUCAACUCAAGCACGGCGAUAGUAGUCCUAAGAUCUAUGAAGGUCGAGUGGGAAAUCUUGGAAAAAUGCAGGGGAUAGCUAGUCCCAGCGAGGCCGUGCAUACAAUAGCACGUCCCCCUCCAAUAGUAACUCGCAAUGUAAGCCCUAAUGAUUCAGCGACUAAGAACUGGGUUGAAGUUGAUUUGAUUGACUUAGAUUCCCCUAAGGUAGAAGUAGCACUGGCGCGAGAAGCUGAAGGUUAUAUCAAUCAAGAGGUACUAAGGGAACUCGUAAAACCAUUUGCAGAGUCGGUGAAUCUAACCCAUCAGCCUAGUGGGAAAUGUUUGGGCAACGAUGAGUUUGUCACGCCCUUGGAUCGUCAACCUGGGCAUGUCCUGGACUUGCUUUCGAUUGAUAUCGAGGUAGUCGAAGCAGUUUCUGAUUCAUCCCGGAAUCUUGCGAGCUUACAAGAGAGGACUAGUUCUACGCGGAGCACGUUUAGCGAACCCUCGGACACACAGAGCCCUAGCUUUCAUGGAAAUGCAGGGGAUAAACUAAAUGUAAAGGACGAGGAGAGAGGGAGCUCUGCAACUAGGGCUUACAAUAAAACUUUAAACUUACUCAUGCUCAAGAAGAACAAACCUGUCGUGCAAGAAGGCAAAUCCCCGAAGCCAUGUGAGGAGCCAUUGCUUUUUGCACAUGAACAAGCAAAGGUAGAAAUUAAGUUGGAAAAGGAGGCAAAAGCAGAAGCCAAAAGGCUAGCUGAAAUAGCCAAGAAAGAUGUCGAAAACAAGAAGCGCGAGCUUCUCGAGUUAGCGGACCCUGUACCUGAAUCAGCGCUGAAAACUCACAAGGAUCAUGGUGUGCGCAAAGGAAUACAAAAGUUGUUUCAUAUUCAUGGAGGGGUUCACUCCCCUCGACAUCCAGCAAAGGUCGGACAUGCAGAUUCUCGAGAGGCAAAAUUGGUGCUACCAAGAGUGAACAUGUUUGAAACCUGCAUCAGCCCUGCCGCUGGAGAUAUUGCACUAUCCCAAAUGAGAGCAGCUCCCCGACCAGCAGUGAGAAAAGAUAUUCACUUUGCAACAGUUGAAUCUAAUCAACGGGAUGUGGAGGCAUGGACAAUGGAAGAGUACUUGGCAAAGAAUGCCAGACAAGAGGCAUGGGAGGACAGAGAUGAUGAUGGUGGUGAAGAAUUUGGAGGCAUCGAAGGAAACCAGCUACUGAACCAGUAUGGUGGCGAUGAUGUCACAGGAUGCAGUUACGGCAGCGACAGCGACUAAGGCGUUCAGACUACUAAACCUGCCGUCUUCGCACACUCUGUCCAAAGUGCUUGUAACAUUGAUUAGUAACAUACACAUCAAUUGAACAGGCUCCCAGCAACAAGUUUGAUGUGUCAAUUCAUAUAAAGAAAAAAGAAAGUAGAAAAAACCUGAGACGGAGAGCAUUCAGUUUUGCGCAUCAGAAGUUAUGGUGAGGACGAAACAUUGAAAGCAUCCUCUAUCUGUCCUUUGUAGCAUAGAUUUCUUUCAUAUCGUCUGUUUAAAAAGAGCUCCAGCUUGGGCCCAUAAAUUCGGAAGACCACUGUAUGCUCCAGAAAGUUCCAUCUGCUCUACUCCAUGUAUAUGAGGUAGUGAGCAGGAAAUUGUUACCAUUUAUUUCAAGUUUGACUAUCGUAUUACGACUUCUUUUAGAGUUU